AUGGCGAACCUCCUCUCGAGUAGCAUUAUUAUAGCAAAUAGAGAAAUACCUCAAAAGUAUGUGGUUCCACCUAAAGACAAAGCGGGUCAUGCAUGCAAAAUAGUAAUUCCAAUAAUUGAUCUUCAUGACGAAAAGAAUUCAAUUCAACACAUUAUGAAGGCUAGCCAAGAUUUGGGAUUAUUUCAGGUGAUAAACCAUGGAAUUUCAAGAGAGUUAAUGAAUGAUGCAAUGAAAGUGUUCAAGGAAGUAUUUGAGUUGCCUCCACAGGAAAGAUCGAAAAUAAACAUGAAAGAAGAUUUGAUAAACAUUUACAGAAUUUACUCAAAUAGCUACAAUUAUGACACUGAGGAGUUUCAUUUUUGGAGGGAUGUUUUAAGGCACAAUUGUAACCCUUUGGAAGAAAGCAUCAGGUUUCGGCCUCAAAAUCUUGAAAGUUGUAGGGAGAUAGUUAAAGCAUACGUUUUUGCCUUGAAGUGCUUGGGAAGGAAGAUCUUAGAGCAAAUAUCCAAAGGGCUUGGGUUAGAAAAAAGUUAUUUUGCAAAUGAGAUAACUAAAGACAACAUCUUAACUAUAAAUCACUACCCAAAAUGCCCUGAUCCAAGUUUGAUCAUAGGACUACCCAAGCGCAAAGAUCCAACCCUUAUAAAUAUAGUUCAAGCACCCGCCAAUGUUCCAGGUCACCAACUUCUUAAGGAUGAGCAAUGGUUUGAUUUUGAGACGGCUCCUAAUGCAUUUCUAGUCUUUGUGGGAAAACAAUUUGAGGUUAUUAGCAAUGGGAAAAUGAAAGGGGUGGUGCAUCGAAUAGUGACAAACUCAAACUACGCACGAACAACUGCAGUGUUCUUUGUUAGCCCACUUUAUAAGGCAUUUCGAAAUAAGGAACAUUUUGACUUCCACAAUGGCCAUAAUGAUGAGGAUAUAGAUGUUAUAUUCAAAACUUAA